CGGGAGCGUCGCAUGGCGACGGGGGAGGGGAGGGAGCGAGAGGCCGGGAGAGGAGACGAGCAGCAUGGAGCCGGGGCCCGGCAACACCAAUGGUUCGGCGGCCGUCGUGUGCGCCAGGGCCGCCUGGAAGUGCAACAAGGGAGGGCUGCGGGAGGUGCUGAGACUGGUGAUGGCGGCUGCCGACAACUCGGAGGGCGGUGUUGGCGGGGAGAGCCCGCACCGUACAGAACCAGUUAUCUUGGAAAGACCUCAAACCAACCCUGUGGAAACUCCAUGUUUGCUGUAUCUCCAGUGUUCUAAACAGCUUGCUGAGAUAACCUUUGUAGAAGUAGUUAGUGAAGCAAAAACAAUGGAAGUUUACACUGAAGAAGAGUACUGUGGAACCUGCCAAGGCCAAAGACUAGAAAAUUCACAAAUAAACAGUGGCCACAAGCAGAUUCUCUUAUUUAAGAAGUAUUUUAAAUUGGAAUUUCCGAGUUCGUCAUGUGAACUAAAGUUGCUUUCUUUAGGUGGAAAGGCGAAAGUACAAAUUGGUGAAAUAUUACUGGGCAUAAGGCAUGCUUCAAUUGGUAUCUCAAGAGGCAUUUCUCCAUUAGGAAAAAAUAUCAACAUGCAGCGAGUUCAGACAAUGAUGGAUUCAAUGGGAACAAAGCUGUCACCUGGAGCUCAGCAACUUUUGAACAUGGUCCAGUUUCAACAAAAGCAGAACCAAGCCGCAAUAGGAGGAUUGUUCCAGGGAAUCUUUGGUUCAAGAAAUUUGACAGAAAUUGGAAAAGUAAUUGGUUCAUCUCAGACAACUGGACUAUCUGAGGAAGGACUGUCUUCUCAUGAAUGCAUUGAAACUAACCCAAUAUUCAUUUCACAAAUGGAAGAAACGAAGGGGUCAAAAGAAAUAUUUAUAUUGAAUGGUGAGUCUACAGAAACAAGAGAUGCCUCAAACUUGGCUACUGGAAUAAAUAAUAAGAAAACAGAGUAUGAUUCUGAAGCUAGCGCAAGAGAUGCAGAUGAACAUAAGUUUGCUGGAGGAGAUUUGCAAGAGCUUGUAUCAACUUAUUUGUGCAAACAAAACAAUGGGGAACAAAACAGCUUUAGUUCUGAUAUGCUACCAUUUCUUCGGAAUUUGUGCAGCCAAGUGAAUGAACUUCGCAUAGGAGAAAAAACUAAAGCUGUUAAACACGAUGUAACAGAAGAAGAUGGAACCUGUGAUAGGCUGUACCAACAGACAUUUUGUGUUGAAUUGGAAAAGCAUAUCACUGAACAUAUGGAGUCAAUGGAACAAAGACUUAAGGAUUAUAUUGAUCACCGAAUAAACAUAUUGCAAGAUGACCUUGAUAAAAAGUUUGUUUCACUCACCAAACUGAUUGAAAAUGCUGGUGUGAAAAGGACUGCAACAAAAGAAAUUGAACAUGGUGCCUUCUUAACAAAUGGGGAUGUUUAAAUAAUUUUUCAUCACAUUCAAAACACAACUGUGAAACUGGUAUAGUCUUGAGAAACAUUCAAUUUAACAAUUACUGUUGGGGUAAUUAAGCAACAUUACUUGGUUCAUAUAGAUUUAAAGUUCAAUCAGAUUAAACGUCCUAAGAAGGGUUCGAGCCGAAACAUCACUUAUCCAUGUUUUUCAGUGAUGCUGCUUGAUCUGCUGAGUUAUUCCAGCACUUUGUGUCCUUUUGUGUAUGAAUCAGCAUCUGCAGUUCUUUGUUUCUACAUUAAACUCAUUGUUGGUGUGUUUUUCCAUGAGCGACAUAUACACAUUAUUUCAUGCCAGUUAACCCAGCUAAUUCAAUCGAACAUAUGGUCUUUUUCUUAACCUGACAGUCUGCCUUUAAGAUUUAUAAACAGCUAAUUCUAGUUGUUAAUGGAUAAAUCCUAAAGACCAUCUCCAUUUGGGAGCUUGGUUUAUACAGAUUAAUGGGAGAAAUUAUAUGGUCCAUCUACACGGGAUUCACAUAAAAACCAUUGACAAUUACAUUUUAUUGCAAACUUCCAAUGCAGUUUCAGCAAAUACAAUUAAAACAGCAUUGCUGUAAAAAAUUGAUGUAUUAAAAUUAUAGCAAGUACAAAAAAAGACUUAAUGUUUGUGAACUAGUAAAAUAACGGAGCCUUAAUUUAAUCUAUAUUAAUGAUUUUAUGACAGUGAUAUCCUUGAGUUGAUUUGAAAUUGAUCCGUACCCCUUCCACUGCAUUUUUGGAUAGUUGCAGUGGAAAGACCGGCAUAUUUUAGCACACUUCACAGUAAUUAAAAAAGUUAUAUUCUAAUUACCUCAUCUUCAACAUUCAUUUGUGGUUUUAGACCCAUCAUUGCCAUUUAUUACCAAACAUAAAACCUGGUGCAAUUAAAUCUAUCGUUGAAUUAGUUUGUAUCUGAUUUGCAAUCAUUAAAUAAUACCAAUAUUUUAAUGAAACUGAAUAUAGUAAGUGGUAUUAAAAUCUUACCAUAAGGUGGAAAGUCUAAAGGGUUAUUGAAAAAAAGUAUUGGCCUUGAAAUUCUAUUGUAUAGUCCCCUAUGCAAAUUAAUUUACAUGAACUAAAUUCAUUAAAGAAAAUUGACAGCUUGCGGAUUGUGAAUUAGUGAUUUUCUCACAGUCCUAUGUGCAUGUGGCAUCCAGUAGACUUGAUGUGACUGCAGUUUUCUCCUAAAACUCAAGUUCGGCAUGCAGAAGACGCAGCCAACUUGAGUGGAAGGAGGCUUUAAUUGCACAUAAUGCCUGAUUUGUUAGUUAAAGAGAGUCUGUCUGAGCAGGUCUCAGGCAGUGUGAGUCGGACCUUUGCCAACAAUGGCCUAUUGCAAUCUGUCCUAGAUAGUGCUUGAGGAUGCUCUUCAUAUCCCUGCGGCCUUGACCUCCCUGGUGGUAGAAAUCAAGAUAUGUUGCAUCUAAGAAGCAUUUUAUGUUGCUACAGUGGAUCUUGUGUAUUUUAGUGAUUGAGAGCAGGGAUAUUUAAUAUGGCAAUGUAAUUCUGAUCUCGAUAUUGUAGGGUGUCACCUGGAUAUAAGAUUUUGAAUUUGCAUGCAGUACAGUGAUAAAAUACUUGAGUUUCAGAAGUUGGAUUAGUGAGAUGGAUAUUAAUUUAUUUAUAUAUGUAGAAUAUCCAUGUAUAACUAUUAAUAAAGACCUUGUUUAACGUAGAAUGUAUUUUUUUGCUGCCAAAGCAUUGAAUAGGCUCAUUAAUCCACGGCUGUUAUUUGUAAAUAAACUAUUUAAAAUAUGCUAAA